AUGAUUCGCUUCAUUUUGAUCCAAAAUCGAGCUGGAAAAACUCGUCUGGCCAAAUGGUUUGUCAAUUUUGAAGAUGAUGAAAAACAAAAGUUAAUUGAAGAAGUUCAUGCCAUUGUCACUGUUCGAGAUGCGAAACAUACAAAUUUUGUUGAAGUAGGUGACACGUUUCGAAAUUUUAAAAUUGUUUAUCGACGUUAUGCUGGUCUCUAUUUUUGCAUAUGUGUAGAUGUAACUGAUAAUAAUUUAGCUUAUUUGGAAGCUAUUCAUAAUUUUGUUGAAGUAUUAAAUGAGUUUUUUCACAAUGUAUGCGAAUUAGAUCUUGUAUUCAACUUUUAUAAGGUGUACAGUGUUGUCGAUGAAAUGUUUUUAGCUGGUGAAAUACGUGAAACAAGUCAAAUUAAAGUUCUCAAACAACUUACAACAUUAACAUCGCUUGAAUGA